AUGAGGGCCUUCUCCUACCACGCCGCCGUCAUGGUGGCGCUCACGCUGGCGACGCUGCUGGCAUUGCUGCGAGUGUGCGCCGCCGGCAACCCGCCGUUCUCGUGCGGCCAGGGAGCCCCGACGCAGGGGUACGCGUUCUGCAACCCGGCGCUGCCGACGGCGCAGCGGGCGGCGGACCUGGUGGCGCGGCUGUCGCUGGCGGAGAAGGUGUCGCAGCUGGGCGACGAGGCGCCGGGGGUGCCGCGGCUGGGCGUGCCGCCGUACAAGUGGUGGUCGGAGGGGCUCCACGGGCUCUCCUUCUGGGGCCACGGCAUGCACUUCGACGGCGCCGUCCGCGCCAUCACCAGCUUCCCGCAGGUGCUGCUCACCGCCGCCGCCUUCGACGAGCAGCUGUGGUACCUCAUCGGGCAGGCGAUCGGGACGGAGGCUCGGGCGCUGUACAACCUCGGGCAGGCCGAGGGGCUCACCAUCUGGUCACCCAACGUGAACAUCUUCCGGGACCCGCGGUGGGGCCGCGGCCAGGAGACGCCCGGCGAGGACCCGACCACGGCGAGCAAGUACGCCGUGGCGUUCGUCCGGGGCCUGCAGGGCAGCUCGCCGACGGUGCUCCAGACCUCGGCGUGCUGCAAGCACGCCUCGGCGUACGACCUCGAGGCCUGGAACGGCGCCAUCCGCUACAACUUCAACGCGAGGGUGACGGCCCAGGACAUGGCGGACACCUUCAACCCGCCGUUCAAGAGCUGCGUGGAGGAUGGCCGGGCCAGCUGCGUCAUGUGCGCCUACACCAUCAUCAAUGGCGUCCCCGCCUGCGCCAGCAACGACCUCCUCUCCAGGACCUUCAAGGGAGACUGGGGCUUGAACGGGUACGUUUCGUCGGACUGUGAUGCGGUGGCGCUCAUGCACGACGCGCAGUUCUACAGGCCCUCGCCGGAGGACACGGUCGCCGUCGCCCUCAAGGCCGGAUUGGAUUUGAACUGCGGGAACUACACACAGGUGCACGGCAUGGCCGCGGUGCAGCAGGGGAGGAUGACGGAGCAGGACGUGGACAGGGCCCUCCGUAACCUCUUCGCCGUCCGGAUGCGGCUCGGGCACUUCGACGGUGACCCCCGGGGCAGCGCGCUGUACGGCGGCCUUGGCGCCAAGGACGUGUGCUCGCCCGCGCACAAAAACCUGGCACUCCAGGCGGCCACGAGCGGCAUCGUCCUCCUCAAGAACGACGCCGGCAUCCUCCCGCUUCGCCGGGGCGCGGUGGCGUCCGCCGCCGUCAUCGGCCAUAAUGCCAAUGACCCCGGCGCGCUCAACGGCAACUACUUCGGCCCUCCGUGCGAGACCACGACGCCGCUGCAGGGGCUCCAGGGGUACGUGCAGAACGUCAGGUUCCUGGCCGGAUGCGACUCGGCGGCGUGCGGCUUUGCCGCGACGGGCCAGGCGGUGGGGCUGGCGGCCUCGUCGGACUACGUGUUCAUGUUCAUGGGUCUGAGCCAGGCGCAGGAGCAGGAAGGGCUCGACAGGACGAGUCUUCUGCUGCCAGGGAAGCAGCAGAGCCUCAUCACCGCAGUUGCCAACGCGGCGAAACGACCGGUGAUCCUGGUGCUCCUCACCGGCGGUCCGGUUGACGUGACAUUCGCCAAAUUGAACCCCAAGAUCGGUGCAAUUCUGUGGGCCGGCUACCCUGGUCAGGCCGGCGGGCUCGCCAUCGCCAGGGUCCUCUUCGGAGACCACAACCCCAGCGGCAGGCUGCCGGUGACGUGGUACCCGGAGGAGUUCACCAAGGUGCCCAUGACGGACAUGCGGAUGCGCGCCGACCCGGCCACCGGAUACCCUGGCCGGAGCUACCGCUUCUACCAGGGCAACGCCGUCUACAAGUUUGGUUACGGCCUCAGCUACUCCAAGUUCUCUCGCCAACUAGUUGUCUCCGGUAAUGGUAACAAAGCACCGAACACGAAUCUGCUCGCCGGCCUGGCCGCGACGCGAACUGCCGACGGCGGCGCGAGCUACGUGGUCGAGGAAAUCGGGGCCGACGGGUGCGAGCAGCUCAAGUUCCCGGCAGUGGUCGAGGUGCAGAACCACGGCCCCCUGGACGGGAAGCACUCGGUGCUGAUGUUCCUCCGGUGGCCCAACGCGACGGGUGGGCGUCCGGUGAGCCAGCUGAUGGGAUUCCGAACCCAGCAUAUCAAGGCCGGCGAGAAGGCCAGCCUCAGGUUCGACGUCAGCCCGUGCGAGCACUUCAGCAGGGCGAGGGAGGAUGGCCAGAAGGUGAUCGAUGGAGGCUCACAUUUCCUCAGGGUCGGCAAGGACGAGCACGAGAUCAGCUUCGAGUCCUGA